GAAUUUACAGGAAAUGAUGUCAAAAGAGAUGGUUAAAAUAAAUCCAGAUAUGCUAAUGCUAAGUGAUGAUCAGACUCCUAAGAUUGGAGCUAGCUUGAGCCAAUCUAAACGAAGGAAGAUUUCAAUUGUUGGCAUUAAACCCAACAUACCUGACCUGAAUGUGAAACCUUGUUAUGAUUCUGAUGAGGAAGAAAAAGGAGAAAUUACAAAAACAUUUCAGAAUCUUGCAGGUUUAAAAUCUCAUGAUGGAUGUUAUGUUCAUCAUAAGCUUUUGUACGAGCUUGAGGUCGAGAUCUUUGCUCGUCUUCCAUGCUUUGAAUACUGGAAACUGCAGUUUCUUAACAAGAAAUUUUUGCAGUUGUUAAAAAGUGGUGAAAUUUUCAGGGUGAGACAAGAAAAAGGCCUUGUGAAACCCUACGUGAUUUUGCAUUCAGGGGCUGAUUCAAAUUGGGAAAUGUUUGAUAAGGAUUUUAAAAACUUUCAGAAACUUCCUAAAGUUCCUUCUUCUGACUAUUGCUUUUUCCACAGCGAUAAGGAAACAAUUAGUGUGGGUACUCAGUUAAUUGUCAUUGGAAGAGAAAUAGAGGGAAUUGUGGUGUUUCGCUACGAGCUAGAGAAUCAUAAGUGGUUCAAAGGUCCUUCAAUGAUCACACCGAGGGUCAUGUACGGUUCUGCUAGCCAUGGAAAAACCGCAUUUUUUGCAGGAGGCAUUCAAAAGGAUGACAAUGAGAACCCUAUAGUUGUUCGAACCGUAGAAAAGUAUAAUGCUGAUACAAAAAGUUGGACUAUGAUUAAUGGAAUGCAUAAAGCAAGGAAGUUCAGCUCAGGAUGUUUCUUGCGUGGAAAGUUUUAUGUCCUCGGUGGCCGAGAUGAGAAUGAUAAACACCUCACUUGUGGAGAAAGUUAUGAUGAGACCACAAAUUCUUGGGAGUUGAUACCUGACAUGUUAAAGGACAUGACAUUCAUUAUUCCUUCCCAAUCUCCGCCUCUUAUAGCUGUGGUUGAUGACAAUCUAUACAUGUUGGAGACAUCUUUGAACGAGCUUCGCGUAUAUGAUAUAAACACAAAUAUUUGGAAGAAACUUGGUGUUGUCCCUGUGAGCGCAAACACUACCUUUGGUUGGGGGACUGCGUUUAAAUCUAUGGGAGAUAGACUUCUGGUUGUUGGAACUUAUCACUCUUGGCAUAGGAAAGCAAUAGUCUACUCAUGCCGUCCUUCUCCAGACGUGGAAGAGCAGCACUGGGAAGAAUUAAAAUAUUGGUGCACUGGUGCUGAGCUCCCACCGUUUAUUCAUAACUGUUGUGUUAUGUUUGCUUAAAGUUGUUUCCGAGGCAAACUUGUUUUGUAUUUGUGCUUACAAUAAUUGGGUGGCCAUUUGGAACCCCGAAACAAUUAAAAUUGUGGUUUUCUGUUGUUUUUGUUUUCUGAGUUUUUGUUUUUGCAUUUGGGAUUAAAAUGUUGUUGUUUUCGUUUAUAAGUGCUUAUGUUUGUGCAAAAAAAAAAAGAUUAAUGAUGUUUAUGUAAUGCUUAUUGAAUUUUAUAGUUUUGUUUCCCCCUCCCCUCUUUAGCCAUUAAUGUUACCUAAUCAUGUUCAGCUAAAAUCUUUAUCAUGUUUCAGUUUGUUUUUCCAAAAAAUUAGGUUUACAGAAGUUAUAUACCACAUUAAAAUCAUAUCUAAUUUUUACUUGCUUGGUUUGGACAACUAGAAUUUUCAGGUUAUUAGGUUUUUAACCAUAAACAAUGGUUGUAUUUUUUAAAAUAAAAUUGCCUGUUUUAUUUUACAUGGUUAGAUAAUCGAUUUACUAAAAACAUAGAAUGUACUAAUUUAACUUUGGUAAUUUUGAUAAAACAUUUUUAUUAUAUUUUAUGUGAACCCAAAUUGUAUUAUUUACCCAGAGGAGUUGAAAAUACAGGAGUUAUAAAUAAUUAGAAAUAAGAAAGCAACUGUUAUAAAAAUGUGCUUGUUUAUCAUUUAUAAAUAAUAAUAAGAAAGACCUUGUUAUUUUUAUAUUAUUAUUAAUCAGU